AUGCCCGCGGCCAAGAUAUGGUCCCUCGCGUGGCUGAUUACCCUUUGGGUUUUCACGCUGGGGGGUACCAUUAUCAUUUUGAUCGCGUCCGGUGGUUCCUACCUUGGCGGCUACAGUGACGAUAGCCUAGCCACCAUAGCAUUGGCUGGCACAUGGAAUCAAGACGAUAACACAUACCUGAACCAAACCGCCUGGGGAACCACCUUGAUCGUCUGCGCUUCGGCAACAAUUGUCAUCAACUUUGUCUCGGUCGUACGGCUGGCCGCCCGCAAGCUCACUCCGUUCUACGUCCUUGCCAGCAAUGCUGUGUGUCUGUUCGCAUGGGCGGUCAUCUUGGUUGCUUCGGCACUCACGCCGCCUGGGUGGAAUGAUGUGGCAUUGAUUGGCAAUGGCAUACUCAUCUUGACCUCCAUCGGACAGGUAAUAUACAGCUCCGUCUUGUACGGGCGACAACGACGAAUGCCCGCAACCGUGGACGAAGAGAAAGAUUCCUCACCCGAGGAAGAAGCAACAGCAUCAGCACCAGCAGCACCAGUAGCAGAGCCUGUCGCCCCGGUGGUGAACACGGUCUAUGUUCCUGUCAUGGUCCCACGGCCACCAACUAUCGACGACGACGACUCUGGUUUUGAAGAACCGGCGCCGGACUACGAAACGGUAGUUGGUGGUAACGAUGGAGGCGUGUCGGGCAGUGGCACGCAGAAAUUCAACGACCUGUAAUGAUAUGGGAGAUACCAUCUGGAGUAAGGAAGCGCCAUGGAUUGUGUUAAUCAUAGCG